GAAGAAGAAUAAUAUCUGGAACUUUCAAUAUUGCAUUACAUUGCUUCAUUUAUAUAUAUUUUUAAUAUUUAAAUAAAAACUAUGGCUGAUUGGGACACAGUAACUGUUUUAAAGAAACGAGCACCUAAAGCUUCCACAAUGAAAAGUGAGCAAGCAAUAAAUGCAGCUCGUCGCCAAGGUGUAGCUGUCGACACGCAGUUAAAAUGGGGUGCUGGUAGUAAUAAACAACAUGUAGCAACAAAAAAUACUGCCAAAUUGGAUAGGGAAACAGAAGAACUGAAACAUGAUACCAUAUCACUGGAUGUAGGAAAGUUGAUCCAACAGGGUCGUCAGUCAAAGGGACUCAGCCAAAAAGACCUUGCCACAAAAAUUAACGAAAAACCACAAGUUAUAACGGAUUACGAAGCCGGUCGAGGUAUUCCAAACAAUGCAAUUAUUGGUAAAAUUGAACGUAUCAUUGGAAUUAAACUCAGAGGAAAAGAUCGUGGACAACCAUUAGUACUGCCCCCAGGAAACAAAAAGUAGGUGAGGUCCUGGGGGAAUAACAUUACAAUUUUGAUUAAGGUUUUUCUACCUAAAUAAUAGUUCACUUCUAGGAUUCCUGCAUUUAUUGUAAGAACCCUUGCAAUCUUACACCCAUAUGUAGGGUUAAUAUUAAAUGUUAAGUUGUUUUUUAGAAAUAAAAUCUCUGUGUACCCCUACUGUAAUAAAAUUAAUAUUAACUGUUUAAAUAAAAAAAUAAAUUGGUGGUUUGAACACACCCA